AUGUGGGGGUGCUGCUGUCAGGGCGGUGGGGGUCGGCUGUGUCCGGGGACUGGUCGGGAGAAGAGCAGCCUGUGUCAUACUUGUAAGGAAGCAGGAACCUUUGAGGAUCGCCACGAUUGCAGCAUGUCUCCAUGAAAAGGACUCUGCUAUCGGGGAGUUUGCUUGGGGUGAGCAGGGAGCAGCCUGCAGAAGAAUGUCUCACUCCACAGCCACCAGCUGUCUCCUUUAAUAAAGCUGAUCAAGACGGUUUAUUGAAAAAUACCCCAGAUCAACCAGAGAACCCCAAGAUCCUUAAAAUUGCAAUCAUAGGGGCCCCAAAUGCUGGAAAAUCAACACUGUCCAAUCAGCUACUUGGCAGAAAGCUGUUUCCAGUGUCCAGUAAGGUGCACACUACUCGCUGCCAAGCACAGGGUGUCAUUACAGAAAGCGACACACAACUGAUUCUGCUAGACACACCUGGUAUGGUCAAUGCUGUCAAAGCUAAAAGGCAUAACCUGGAGAAGUCCCUUCAGCAGGACCCGUGGGAGUCUGUGAAGUUGGCGGACGUGGUACUGGUGUUGGUGGAUGUUUCUGAGAAGUGGAUGAGAAAGUCUUUGCACUUGGAGGUUUUCAAAUGUAUGUCCCAGAACCCAACUAUUCCCAGCAUCCUCAUACUGAACAAGGUUGACCUGUUAAAGGAUAAAGGCUGUUUGUUGGAGAUCACAGACACACUGACUGACGGAGUAGUGAAAGGGAAGAAAGCUAAUGUACAGUCUGAGAUAAUAAGUUCACAUAAAAAAACAAAAGAUGACACAUUUGUGAAGAAAGAUGAUGCCUGUUGGAACAGCACUGAACAGUCACAGGGAUCUACAAUACCUGAUCCAUCCUUGGAUGCGCCUGCAGAUCUUACUAAGAAGAAAUUGAUGCACAAAGACUUGGAAAAGGUUGGGUGGGCCCAUUUUGAAGAGGUUUUCAUGCUAUCCGCCAUAAGUGGAGAUGAAGUAGAGACGCUAAAGAGGUACCUGAUGACUCUUGCCAAGCCUGGAGAAUGGGUAUUUCAUAGUGAUGUUGUUACCACCCAGUCACCCCAGGAAAUCUGUGAUAAUAUUAUUAGAGAGAAGCUUCUGGAGUACUUACCCCUAGAGAUACCAUACAGUAUCACUCAGGUUACAAAUUUAUGGGAAGAAGGUUCCAGUGGUGAACUGGUUAUUAUGCAAACAUUGCUGGUAGCAAAAGAAAACCAUGUGAAAAUAGUAAUUGGUCCUGGUGGGCAGCUCAUCGGCAGGAUUGCCAGCGAGGCUGGACGAGACUUAAUGAACGCUUUUCUCUGUGAUGUCCGACUGCGCCUUUCUGUAAAGUUUAAAAAGUGA